AUGCUUUCGCUCUCUCGUUUCGCAGUCCUCGGACUCAGCCUCAUUCCAGCUGUCUUCUCUUCGCCUCUAUAUCGGCCAAGCAAACGAGGCGGCACCAUCGCACUCGCUCUAAACACAGAUUUUCCCGAUCCGGCCUUUGUUCAGCACACGGACGGAUCGUGGUAUGCUUUCGGCACCAAUAGCAAUGGAAAGCGCAUUCAAGUCGCUCAUUCAACCGACUUCGAGUCUUGGACUCUGCUCCAAGACGAAGCCCUUCCCACACUGUCCGGCUGGGAGACGGAAGUGAACCACUGGGCUCCGGAUGUGAUUAGGCGGUCGGAUGGCAAAUACGUCAUGUAUUAUUCCGCUGAAUACCAGGGAGGCAACGGUCACCACUGCAUCGGAAUCGCUCUUGGCGGCGACAACCCCGUCGGUCCCUACAUUCCAGUCUCAAACAGCCCAUUUGCAUGCCCUCUCGACCAAGGCGGUGCGAUUGAUGCGGCCGGAUUCGAAGACGAAGACGGUUCUCGCUACGUUGUCUACAAGGUGGACGGAAAUGGAGGUGACUGUGUUAAUGGGGGUACUCCCGGCACUUCAACCCCAAUAAUGCUCCAGCCCGUGCAAGAGGAUGGAAUUACAUCCGUGGGAAAUCCAACGAAGAUUCUCGACCGCGAUGAAUCGGAAGGCCCUCUUGUCGAAGCGCCAUAUCUGACCAAGACAAGUGAUGGCAAGUACGUUCUGUUCUAUUCAAGCCACUGCUUCAACGAUCCGAACUAUGAUGUGCGCUAUGCCACCGCAUCUAGCAUCACUGGACCGUAUACCAAAGCUGGGUUUUCGCUGGUAUAUACCGAUGAUAAGUUAUACGGUCCUGGUGGCGCGACUGUCGAUGCCGAGGGGAGAAUGCUGUUCCACGGCUGGUGCAAUAAUAACUCUAUGAGGUGUAUGUAUGCCGCCAACCUCGAUCUCGGUGACGAACGGAUUGCUCUUGCGUAG